AUAUAAGCUGGUCAACAUUCCCGCUAUUCCAUGUGUAAUACCGACUUCUCUCACAUUCAAACCUUCACAAUGGCACCAGCUUCUUCCAGGAUUAAGCACCCAGAGGAAUACAGCGGCAAAUCCUUCUCCUCGAGUAGCGCACUAAGUAACAUCGAGGCCCUGGAAUCUAUUCUUACCGCUCUUGGCAGAAUCGCCGACCUCGUCGAGUCGUCUCGCGAGAGUACUUCUCGUAUUGUAGUUGAUAGGGAGCAGAGAAAGCACUUUUGUAAGACGAUAGUGGACGGUGCAAAUGGAUACACGAAUCAUUUCAACACUGCCUCUAUAGCUGCGCAAGAGGCGAAUCGGAGUAUCGAGAUUUAUACGGACGAAUCCUCGGAAGCACUGAAACGAUACCGGAAACAACUCAUUACAGAUCUAGAGAAGCCCCUCAAAGAUAUCAUGAAAGGCAGAAAUUCGCAACACCAAUCAUCUCUAGAUCUCGCGCCAUACGAGGCUACGCUUAAAGCUUUGAUGGAAAAGAUCAAGCGCGUGCUGGAAUCGUGGCUGAGCAAGUACACGAGCUUGCAAGUUCCAGAUUCUUCAAGGCGUCCCAGAUCCAGUAGGUCUAGCCAUAGUGAACGAAAACCUGCUCAUAAGCAGGACAAAGAUCGACCAAAACGGAAGCACAAGAAAACUAAGGAGCAUGAGAGGAGGCGAGAUGAUGAUAAAGGAUCUAUGUGUGUGGUAAUGUGAAGGGGCUAUCUCGUUGAGUGUAGAAGAUAUUGUCCAUAGAGAGUAGUUGGACGGAUGCGUACAGGUUUGUUUUCCCUCUUCUCGCAUUCUGAAGUCCUAUCUUUAUGAGGUAGAGGAUGUAGAGAGAGCUGCUUCCAAUUACUUAAGGAUUAGUUCCUUCGUCAUCAUAUCAUAAUAAUGGUUUUAUCCCGCUUUGACGAGUCCCGUAACUUAAAUAAACACGCUG